GGGCUGCUCUGCACACAAGCCCGGGUGGGGGGGUUCUCCUGGUGCGCUGUUCGCGCGAGGAGGACAUUGACUGGUGAGUUGCGAAGUACAUAGCGCUGUGUAGAAUUGACAAUGUCACACUUUGUCUUCCGCCCCGGCGGCAUUCCUGCCCUUGUGUCCGUCCCGCACAAACAUGCCCGGUGGCUGUGCUCGUUGGUAGUCAAGGUUGAUGAGCUCCGGCAGCAGGCGGCGGUCGAGCUGCACUUUAGCGCCAAGUUUGCCGGCCUCGAUGGUGACGGGCACGUCACCCUCGUUCACGAUGCAGACAAGCUGGCAUCCGCCACGCUCGACGACGCGAAAGCGCCUCCAGAGCACCUCCGCCAGCAGAUCGCGCGCAACAACGGGCGCGACCUCCGGCUGCUGGCUCUACAGGCGGAGCAGCCGUGCGCCGUCCGCUGGAGGCGGCAGCUGGGAGAGAUUGACCACGCCGACGCGCGGUGCGAGCAGCUGGCCGUCCUCGCCCGUGCCACCGCGCUGCAAGUCACGUUCGACUACGCGUGGCUGAAUCCGAAGAAAUCUGCGCAGUUCCUGAGUCUGGUGGACGCGUCGAAGCAGCUGGCUGGCUUCCCUGUGGGUACUGGCUUGUAUGCAGAGGCAGACUGGGCCGUCUUCGUCCCCGUGGACUCGGUCGAGGCCCCUCCGACAUAUGAAGACGCGUCGCUGAAGCGCUCGCGGCAGUCACUUCCCAGCUCGCCGCAAGCACCACCGCCGAAGCGCCUCCUCGUCGACGCCGCAGUCGAUCCCGGAUCGCCCACGGAGAAGGCGACCACGACAACAGCCAGCCCAAGCCCGCGGCUGCCCCUGUCCUCGCCGCCGCCGCCGCACCAUGUCAAUGCCGCCAUCGAGGCUGCCGUCGCAAGGCUGCUGCCCGACGCACUGAACGCCGUGCUCCCAGGCAUGCUCACGCGCCUGCUCGCCGUGCCGACCCAGCCGUCGAGAGCGCCCGCAUCGUCACCGGCACACGAACCCCCGCCGACGUACGCGCCCAAGCCGCCAAAACAUUCCCCACCUCGCACAGCGAACAAAUCACCACCUCCACCGGUAGAUGCAUCGCCGCCGCACCCACUUGCCCCCCUCCACGCGCUCCUCGCCACCCAUCUCCACGAACAUGCCACCGCCCUUGCGUCCGAACUCACCUCGGAAUCACACGCGCACGUCCUCUACCUGCGCGACGCCGCCGACGUCGACAUGCAGGAGCAGCUGGAGGAACAACGCGUCGAGUUCGCCGUGCUGCGGGAGGACGCGCUGAUGGACGUGAGAAGGGUGUGCGAUGUCGGACUGGAAGAAUUGAGAGAGAAGGCAGAUGCGUUGGUGGACGUUGUCGGGGAAGAAUGCGAGAGGGUUUGCUGGGAGAAGGGCGAAGAGGUGGAGAGGAGGGUCGAAGCCUUGAAAGAUAUGCUGCUUGCCAGGUGGUUACAGACAGGGAGUUCGGUGCAGGGCACGCGGCGGGCGCAGUCGGUGCCAUUGGAGGCGGGUUGGUGAGCGGACACGCCGCCAUUCCAGCUGAGACGACAAAUACCUCACCUCGGAGCGUCACACCCCUCCUUCAGCAACGAAAGAGACACGGUCUUUCUCCCUCGACGAUACCUGCAAAUCGAGCCGUCGCGCGACACACGCGCCAACUCGCUCACUCGACUCGUCAGAGGCAGACCUGUUUGGCAUCGACACGGGCCCGCACACCCCUAU